AUGUGUUCUAUAGAAUUUGCCUGCUCUUUGUUCUGUUAUUUAUUUGAAUAUUUGAUUGUUGAAAUCUUACCAACACAACCGAUUAAAUUACCGGAGGAACGUUGUAUAUUAACGCCACAACUUGAUCAUCCAGAUUACAAACAAUUACAAUUUACAAUAGAUACUACACAGUUUGUUCAAAAUAAUGUCAUCGCUAAUCUAUCAAAUUGUUCGGCAAGACUUAAACUUAAUCAAUUUAUAGAAUUCGGUUCAUUUCGAUCAGGUCACCGAUUACAAUGGUGGAAUCUUUUAGCGCUUUUUGAAAUGGACUCAUUACCCAUUUAUGAAGAAAGUGUAAUAAUACUGAUUACACAUUCAAUACUACAAUGCGGUCCAUGGACAACUUAUGGAAUUUCAUCAAGUAACUCUUGGUGUUCGGAAGCCCAUGAAUACUUAUUAGAAGAUCAUUUCAUCGAUGAAUUGAUUAUAAGACUAGAUCGUCGUUUAGAUGAUUGUGAAUUAAAUUGGCAAAAUGAAUUAGUGUUAGUAACGAUUACGAUGAUUACGAUGAGAAUGUUAACAAUUUGUAAUUCAAUUAGACAAGAUAAAGUUACUGAUUUAGUGAUUAAAUGCCGAAGAAUCGGUGAGAGAUGGAUUUCUCUCAUAUCAGAGAAUAUCAAAACCUCAUCGCCCUCUGCUUUUGAUAAAAUCGAUCAACUUCGUAUGAAAAUUGUAAUUAUUGGCAUUUCAUGCAUCAUAACAUUUUCAACUCACUCUGAUCGAUUACACUAUUUAUUAUCAUCGACUGAACAUAUAGUAUCUCUAUUGAAAUCAGCAACUACUAUUCACGAUAAUGUUAUUCUAAACACCAAUAAAUCUAGUAUAAGUACAUACAUCAGAAAUAUUAUGCGAUAUAGCGAACAUGUUUUAGUACGAGUACAACCAACAGUUGCUGAGCUGCUUCAGAAAUCUUCUUGUCAAGCUUUAAAUGAUUUUGCUGCCAUCUAUUGGGCUCCUCUUCGGAGCAAAAGUACUAUGAAUGGCAAAUGGAAAAAACGAAGGCAUGAUCCCUCUGAUGGUUGGUAUGAUUGCCGAUAUGAAUCCAGGUAUAUAUCAAUCGAUUGUAUCCAAGGAAUAUUCUUAGUCGAUGGUAUGUCUAUAGGAUUUUUACCUGAAAACAUAACAACGAAUGAAUUGUUUAUACGUGUUUUUCGUAAUCAUAUAUUUGAAGUUCAACUAGCUGAAUCGCCUAAAACUUAUAUUACUAAGCAUUUAUAUCAUGACAAUGGAAGAGUUCAAUAUGAAUUUUAUUUCAAUGAUGAAACUAAAUGUUUGAGAAUUAUUGAACGACAUAUACACACAAAUGAAAAAUUUCAAUUAAUUACUCAUGUUUGCUUUGAGAAAGAACUGCCUGACACGUUUGUCUCCAAACACAGUCAUUGGCUGAACAUAAAAACUCAGAUCGUUGAAUUUCGACCGAUUCAUUUUAAAGAACCUGACUUUUUAGAUAACAGACCAUAUAUAUUAUCAUUGAAAAAUGGAUAUCUUAUUACUACCACAGACAAUAAUUCACAAAUUUUGAUUAAUCAAUCAUCAAAAUUCUUUCAAGCAUUAUUUAGUUUAUACUUCAAUCGUCUCGAUGACGCGCCCUACGUUUACAUGAUGCGCGGCAAUAUCUCUCAGACUGAUAAAAUUAUUUAUAUAUAUUUAUCUCGCUUAGGUAUCGCUUUUGAAUAUAAUUCUAGAACUCACAUUAUAAAAUCUCGUGAAUAUUUCGAUAUGUGUAUUGAUAAAGAUCAAUGGCUGGGAACUUUAACGGGUUUAAAAUGUGGUCUUCUCUUAUCACCAUUACCUGUCAAUAACUAUUUAUUGAAUCAUUAUCCUUAUCGAAAAUUAAUCGUACCUUUUGGCACUGUUCAAAGCAAAGAAAAUACAUACACAAGCCAUCAAAUUACUACAAUAAUUCGACCAACGAAUACGUCGUUUUCUUGUCAAUAUUUUGUUUUUAUUCUCAAUGAUCGGCUAAAAAUACUUCAAUCAACAGAUAGUCCUACCGGAUGGUUGUAUUUAGCAUUGUUACAUGCAAUGACUUCUCAUCCUUUACCAGAUGAAUAUACAGGUAUGACUGGAAUGGAACGAGCUUUUCAAUUACUAAAUUCAGCUGGUAGUUAUUCGGAUCAACCUUUUGAUAAACUAUCAUUACAUAUUCUCAGCCAAAUCGCAUCAAUUUCACCGAAGGUUAAUUAUUAUCCAGAAAAAACGACUUAUAUGGAACAAGUAGACUGGAGUUCAAAUGGCUUACCUUAUUCGAUGCAACAUUUCGGUUAUUAUUUUAUUGCAAAAAAACGAAUCGAAAGUAGUCAACUGUUCAAUUUUAUGUACCCAUCAAUCAGUUUAAAUAAAAUGCCAGAACUAUUUGAAGGAAAAAUAUACAAUGAAAUUUUAUUGGCAAAACUAUAUUGGGACUAUCGUGAUUCAUAUAAUCCUACAGCGAGAUUAUCUGUUGAGAUGGAGACUGAUAUUUUACCUACUACUUCAACAAAAUUGUAUUGUUCAUCUUCAGAAUAUUGUUCGCAUGUCACAAACUACAAUGCUGUUUGUCUUGUAGACGAUUUGUACAAUAAUGGAUAUGUAGAUCUUCGAGAUUGUUCAAAACAGCAUUGGUUACCGUUGUCUCAAUGGUUGACUGAUGAAAAUAAUUUGAAAAAUAUUUGGAUCGGUUUGCUAAAAAUGGUUGAUUGUAUUAAAACAGAAACAGGUGAGAAACAUAUGGACAAUGUUAAACGAUUCGAAAGCUUAUUAGACUUUCUUCAUUAUAUUUCUGACAAACGUAAAAUCAAUCCAUUUUAUUUACAAAUGUUAAAGACAGCGUUGAAGGUUUCUUCUAUAUCUCUGAGAUCCGUUGAAUUUCCUGCUUUUGAAUCUUAUGAACAUAUUGAAAAAACCGAUAUUGAUGAUCUAUUCGCUUCUUUUCUAACUGACCAUACUUCAAGCCAGCGCAGACAAAUUACAGCAGAAAUUCGGCACUCUUUUGAAUGUGGUGCUAGGUUUCAAGAUGACGAUUACCUACUAACCAAUGAUGAAAUAAUCGAAAUAAAUGCACAAUUACGAUCUCGUCGAGCUAACAUAAAACUUCGAGCGUUUUUACAAGUUAUUCAACGUCUCAUUUGUUCCGUUUCGAUAGAACAGUUUCAUGCUCAAGUUCCAUAUUAUCCUCAAAAAUUUGCACGUGAAAUUGGUAAAAAUCAUCAUGAAAUACGAAUAAAACCUAUAGAAAGACCAAUCGAUCCAAUACUUUUACGAGCUGCUGAAAACAAGUUUCAUGAUUACAAUUCCGAGGAUCUAAAUCAAACAAUUUUUGUUCGAAGAUCUGAUCAAAAAAAUGAAUUUCCACAAGAAAUAUUUUCUUCUAUCACUAAGCAAAACAAUGAUCUAAGCGAAAUUAUGAAUUAUUUUAAAAAUCAAUUAUCUCAAAGUUGGAAAAAAUUUCUUUCGGAUAAUGAAUAUGAAGAAGGAUAUUGUUCACUUAAAAAAAUUAUUGAAAUUCUUCACUCUUAUCGAAAAGAAUCUGUCUGUUUUUGGAAUGAAUUAUUAAGUUCUAUAAAAUUAUCCAAUGACCAAUUACUUGAAACAGGUCUAAUUCUACGAAUGACACCAACAACUCUAAUACCUUUACUCCAACAAAAAGAUUCAUCUCGUUCUCUACUAACGGAGGAUCAGUGUACGAUACUCGGCGGUAUUAUUGUCAAUUGGACGUUAGAACAACAAAUCGAACGAAUUUUGUAUUUUGCAAUUCAUAAAAAAUGGGAAGAUUUCAAAAAAGAAAUAUCUCAUACGCCACAUUCAAUUUGGAAACCAUCGGAACAUAUUUCUUGGCUUAUCUUAGAAUUAGAAAUGAAUAUAACUAUUCGCGAGAUUCAGAUUAAAGUAGCACAACAUAUGAUACAAUCAAAUAUAAAUACUGAUGAUUCCACCGUACGAAAUAUAGUUAUGCAAAUGAAUAUGGGCGAAGGAAAAACAUCAGUCAUUUUACCAAUGUUAGCUGCUAAUUUAUCUUCGUUUAAUUCGAGUUUAGUUCGUGUCAUCAUACUUAAAUCAUUAUUUCCAACAAAUUAUCAAUCAUUACGAUAUAAAUUAGGCGGCUUACUUAAUCAGCGUAUAUUUCCAUUUGCUUGUCGUCGUGAUAUGAAUUUCAAUCAUGAACAAACAAAUAAAAUUUUCAAACGCUUUCAACAAGCAUUAUGUAAUUGUGACGUCGUAUUAACUUCAUCAGAAGAUAUUCUUUCAUUUGAUUUACUUACAAUCGAUAAAUGUCGAAGACAAGAAUUUUAUGUUGCUCGUUCUAUGUUAACAAUUCAACGAUGGUUAAAAAAAUAUGCACGUGAUAUAUUAGAUGAAUCUGAUGAAAUUUUACAUGUUAAAUAUCAAUUAAUUUAUACAGUUGGUGGUCAACAACAAGUUGAUGGAGGUUCAGAACGUUGGAAAACAAUUCAAACAAUUCUUGAAUUAGUUAAAAAACAUGCUGCUGAUAUUUCGAACCAUUUCCACGAUAAUGUUUCUUAUAAAGCACGGGAACGAAAAAGUGCAUUUCCACAAUUUCGUUUACAAUCACAUGAGCCAUUUUUAUUACUUUGUCAAAAAAUUGCAAAUGACUGGAUUGAGAAAAGAAAUUAUCGCUUUGAAGAUAAAUCAAUUGUAUUAUCAUUUAUUUUAGAAACAGAUUCAUCUAUUGAAUGUCUUAUUGAUAAAUUUUCACGUUUCCAUAUUCAAUUAUUUCUUAUUGUUCGUGGUUUAUUAUCAUCGGAAGUUUUAUUAAUUGCUUUUAAAAAACGUUAUCGUGUUAAUUACGGUGUUAAUCCAAAUGCAAGUUUUAAUCGUUUAAUGGCUGUACCAUUUCGUGCAAAAGAUGUUGUCGCCGAUAGAACUGAAUUCGGUCAUCCUGAUGUUGCAUUAGUUUUGACACACCUCUCAUACUAUUAUUCAGGUUUAAGUGAGUCACAAUUAUCUCAAUGUUUUAAACGUUUAAGUGAACAGGAAACUGAUCCAGCAUCGAUUUAUGAUCAAUGGAUUUUAUACGAAGAUGAAACGGAUGUACCGAAAAGUAUUCGCCAAUGGAAUGGAAUUAAUUUAAAAGAUUAUCAACAAAAUAUUGAUUAUAUUUUCCCUACAUUUCGAUAUAAUAUGUUAGCUAUUAAUUAUUUUCUUGAUUAUUUUGUAUUUCCUCGAGAGGCUAAACAAUUUCCAUCUAAAUUAGUUGCUUCUGCUUGGGAUUUAUCUUCCUCUUUACGAACAAACAUAAUCACUGGGUUUAGUGGUACGAAUGAUACACAAUUAUUACUUCCAGUUCAUAUCCGACAAGAUGAUUUACCUGAACUACAAAAAACAGAUGCUAUUGUUGUUAAUAAUUUAUUGAAAACUGAAAAUGAAAACUAUCAAUGUUUACCGAUUAAUAUAACAUCUGAAAAUAUUUUAAAACAAAUUGUAGAUCAUCAAGAAAUUGUAAAUGUUAUUUUAGAUGUUGGCGCAUUAUUUAUCGAUGGAACUAAUAAAGACAUUGCCAUGAAAUGGUUGAAAUUAUCCGACAAAAAUAUUAUUGAUUAUGCUGUUUAUUUUGAUUCUGACUCAAUCGUUGUUUGUGAUCGUCAGCUGAAUAACUAUUCAUUUGUAACAUCUCCUGCAAGUGAACGAUUAGAUCAUUGUAUAUUCUAUUUAGAUGAAAUUCAUACACGAGGAACUGAUUUUAAAUUUCCCAUAGGAUUUAAAGCUGCUGUUACAUUAGGAAAUGGUUUAACAAAAGAUCGUUUUGUUCAAGCAUGUAUGAGAAUGAGAAAACUAGGUAAUGGUCAUUCGUUAACAUUUUGGGGUUCAUAUGAAGUUCAUCAACAAAUUAAAAAAUUAAACCCUAACGCAAAUGAUUUGAUCAAGUUGAUUGAUAUUCUUCGUUGGGUUUAUGAAAAUACUCAACAAUCAACUUGGGAUGGUUUACAUCAUUGGGCUUCACAAAGUUUAAGUUAUCAAAGAAAAGUUUCUGCAUUUCAACGUAUUAAUUGGGAUGAUGAUCAACAAAUAUUUACUGAUGAGUGGAUAAAAGAUUUAGCGAAUGAAUGUUCAGAACCUGAAGUAAUUGAAUUGACAAAAAUGUAUGGAGCUUCGAAAGCAAUGCAAACAUUAGUCGAGAUUCAUCAUAAUCGAUAUGAACAAACUUCUCAUGAUAUAUGGAAAGAAAUGAAAGAUGCAGUAUUAGAACGAUUAGAAGAGUAUGCUGGAACAAAACAACGUUUAUCACAACUAUUAGAUGAAGAACAACAACGAGAGCUAGAACAAGAAUUAGAAGAAGAACGUCAACUUGAACGCCCACCACCUGUCAAACCAUGUCAACCUAUACUUCAUAAAGAAAUAAAACAAUUGUGUGAUAUGCAAAGUAUUAUGAUGAAUCUAACACAAUAUCUUCAUGUAUUUCGUCGUUUACCGUAUGCAUUCAUUGGCACAACAUUUAUCAAUGAUUGUCAAGCCGAGCAUUGGCAAGAGAAUUUUUGGAUUUCAACUGAAUUUCAACGUGUAAUUGAGACUAAAGGAGAAUCAUUAGAGUCAUUUUUACGUCCCCCACGAUGGAUUAUUAUCUAUCGUAAUCAACAAUUAAUUUUACUUAGUGCUUUAGAAGCCAAUUGGUUGAUAGCGCGUUUAAACUCUCUUUAUCACAAACGAGAAACUGAAAAUCCAUCGACUACUACAUUACGAUUAUUAUUACCACGUAUCAAACGAGUUCAAUCAAUAUUUGUCAAUACACCAACACUCACUAUUCCUCCGUUAAUUGGACAUUCCAUUGAUACUGUUCCUUUCUUUAUAUCGCUUCAAUGGUUGGUUCAAUUAUUUAUUUUUAAUGGCACACUUUAUUUUGAAACGGUUGAUGAGCAAACAGCUUAUUGUCAAUGUUUGAGUGUAUGUCCGAAACCUCGAACGAAGGAAGAAGAAGAAGCUUUUAAAAAUGGAUGGAUUGCUGUUGAUGGCUUUGUUAGUAAUAGCGAACAUCGUUAUGCUUUGAAAUUACACCAAAUUCAAUUCCGUAAUAAUCUUUUGGCAUUUGUCAAGCAAAUUAUUGAAAAUCGAAAUAACUCAUAUGCACCUAUGACAUCACAUGUUGGUAGUAUUAUUCUUAAUUCACUAAAACUUAUUUAA